AGUCGGGUGCAACUGGACCUAAUGGUAAGGGGUCCCUUUACCUUUAAUAUAUUUUGUAUAGACUGCUUUGGGUGCUUUUGUGGAAAGCAGCCUAGAAAUGUCUUAAAUCUACAUUUCACAGUCUUUGAUAACUGACAUGCAACGGUAUUUGCACAAAAUGGGUUUUGAGGUUUGGCAUGCAAUACUGACAGUCAGAGUAACUGACAGUCUUUGAUGGAUGACUUGCAGGGGUAUUUUAGUAUUUUUGACAGCUUGUGAGAUUUAGAUUAAGUUUACUACCGGAACAAUCACAAGAGGCCAACACAUCUAAAGCAGUAAGUUUUUCUGAUUCAAAAUGUGAAUUUCAUAUUUCAUAUUCCAUAUAGAAGCCAAGCAAAAUAUAUUUUUGAAUGUUUAUUUUGGCUCUGGAAUAACACAUCCAAAACAUGACACAAUGCUCUUCAGUGAAGCAAAUUCAGUCAUCCAGCUGUGAAUUCUUAGGUGACUGUGCUACAUACACUGGUAUGAACAGGCAUGUAUAAAAUGAGCUUUGCAUGACCUAUGAAUCAUGAUCAGUCAUAACCAGAAAAGCUUAAAAUCCAGCACCUUGAAUCUAGCUAAGGGGUGUAUGGUUCUGCAUGUAGGGACUUAGUUGCAUUAGUAAAAAACAGCGUUUUGAAUGCAUUAUAAACAUGCAACACCAGAUGGCACUGGAGAGCAAAAAAAAAUUGAUGCAUUUUUCCAUAGCAUUUUUCUUCUUUGGUUAUAACAAUUUAGUUUCAGAAUUAUUUAUAGCUCCCCACCCCCCAUGUAUAGAUCCACCGCAUAUCUCCAGCUGGAAGAGAAUUGUACUUUUGGUACCCCAAACCAAUCAAGCAACUGCAGCUGUGCAAGUGGAGCCCUUAAAAAAAAAAGAAAUCCCAUCAACUUGCACAGGUAAGAGGCUACAUUCACCAAAGGUUGACACCAAACAGUUGUUUAGUGGGCUUUUAAUUGUCCAGAAGGGCUACAUGCAGAACAGAGCCUGCUCUGCACAUUCCCUGUUGGAUCACACCUCUCUCUCUCUCCCCCCCCCCGCGCCAUCAUUUCCACUGUAGCUUAUAAAGGGCCAUACAGCUGUUAUCUCACUUAAGGUCGCAACCAUCCUGUAAGGUAAGUUGCUUUGCUGAUGAUAUGGUCCCAAAACAUUGAGGUUUCAUCUACACAUGUACCAGAAUGAGGUGGCAAAAUCUUGAAGUGGACCAUGGCAUUAUAAAAAAGAAUCCCCUAUGUAAGCACUUCCUUGUAAAUUUAAAAUUGUGAUCUUCCCCCGUGUGGUACGUUACUGCAUGAUGACUCUCCCACCUCAUUCCCCUCCCCCAUUAUGCUUUGUGACUAUCCUGCUUGACCAGAUGUUUCUUUUUAGUACAGCACAAUUCUGUACAAGUUUACUCAGAAGUAAAUGUUAGGCUUUAGUGGCUAAUUAAAACGUGGAUUUUUUUCAGAGAAAAAUGCAUCUGUGGGAUCAUCCAGAUCAGUGAAAAGGUAAGGCGUGAGCAGCUGUGUAAAAAUAUGCUCACCACAAAGUAAGCGCAAAGUGAACUUGAAAUGCUCAAACCAGAUAUGUAGCGCAUGUGGACCCGGGUUUCUUAGAACAUCUAAAGGAAUGCAGUCCUGGGUGGGCAUUAAUACGCUUACUGUCAGGACUCUGGCUUCUGUGCAUGUUUAGGGAAUAAAUCGAGGACAAUGGAAGCUUGUGUCACUGUGUAUUCUGCACUAAAAACAUAAUAACAUUUCAGCACUGAGGCAGCUCAAAUUCUGCUCCAAGAAAAAGGGUUCAUGUGCAAAUUAUGCAAAUUAUCUGCAUUGGCAUGAUUUCCCUUGUUUUGCAUAAUUAAUUUUGGUUCUGAUAGUCAUUUCGAAGGCAAGCUGCUAGAAAGGGCACUGAAGAAUCACCCUUAGAUACUGGAAAUUUUAGCCUGCAAUGUUAUGCACACUUGUGAGUGCAUCCCAUUUAACUCAAUGGCUAUUGCUUCUGAUUAAACAUGUUGUUAUUGGACAAUUCCUCUAGCUUUUGAGAUUUUGCAGGUCUCAAUCCUGUGAUCUCUGCAUGCUGUGGUGUGUGGGCACUUGACAAUAGCGGAGCACAGAGCCCUCUCUCCUUUAGCACAAAUCUCUUUCUGUCUACACAACAGCAUCCUUGGAUCCCUGUCCAAAUGUUUUUAUUUCCCAUUAUAUUUCUAACCCAACUGUAGGACUCUUGAGGUACUACCGUACAUGAAAAAUGGGGGGGGGGGGGGGAGGGCAUUAAUUUGAAUAAUUGAAUCGAACAGAAGCCACUGCUGUAGUUACUUGGUUCACAUUUUGAAUUAAGGGGGCAUUUCAACAAAUGAAAGGAGAGAGUGCCAUCUUCUGGCAAACUUCAUAAUUGCAUUGAGUAAGUGGAGGUUUAACGUCAACAAUAUUUCGGAUUCUAUCUGUGAAAUAUCCCAAUACAAUCACAUUUUCCUCUGCUUGCUUCACAUUGUAGGUUGCUUCCUUCCUUUGAUGGAGAUGUCACCAAAUCUUGUGGGCAUCUGCUCCAGUUGAGGUUAGCUGAUCUUCAAUUUAUGUCUCAUCUUUACUCAGCCGAGAAAAGCAUUCUUUGGGUUUAUUAACUGGCAGAUUUACAUGCCCUGCAUUCUUUUGUGUCAUGGCCAGUAAAAGAGAAGUAGCAGAGAGACACAUUUUGAUAUAUUCUGCUUUACUGCAGAAGAAGGUUGCAUCAUUCUUGAUUUUGGGAUUGAUAAAUAGCUUUUAGGAUAGGUGAAUGAGAAUGUAUUGGAUGUUGUUUUUCCAUUACCAGGCUCAGACAGCUGUGGCUCCACUUGCUUUUCAUGCAGAAGGUUGCAGGCUCCAUUCCUGGCAUCUCCAGAAAGAGCUGGGAGAUUCCCUGGUGGGAAAACCUGGAGAGCUGCUACAAAUCAGUGUAGACUCUGCAGACCUAGACGGACUCAUUGUCCGACUUAACACAGGGCCAUUUCCUAUGUUCUCAUGCAUGUUCCCCUAUUAUGCACUACAUGGUUAUUUGUAGGUGAGCAUAUAUUACAAUAACACGUUUCCUCACAAGCAAAUGGGCCCUAUAAAUCGUUGCCUCUAACCAGUGCUAUUUUUUUAGGAAAGGAGGUGCCAGAACUCACCAUAAACUCCUCACUUGUUCUCUUAUGGUGCCCACCUGAGAGGUGCUGGAACUAAGUUCCAGUGAGUUCAGGCUGAAGAAAGCCCUGCCUCUAAUACUGCCCACCCCCUAGGAUUGCGAGGAGCUUCAAAACCUCAUUCCUUGCUCAUUGUCAGAGGGAGGCUGGAGUUCGAUGUCAUGGCAGCUGAUCUGUGCAUUUAAAGCCAGUUAUGUGGAAAGGUUGGGUUGGGGGGAUCUGAAUUUAGAUGCAAAAGGGCUACAGAGGUGAGGUGCAAACUUCUCUCCCUGCCUCCUGCUUACAUCUCUGUAGCCAAAGUCCCCCCCCCCCCCAGCUAAACUUACUUCUGGCUUUGGAGCUUUUCUUAGGACAUCAGUGCCCAGGGAGACAGACGCUGAAGCAGGAAGCCCAGAAGCAGAACAUGAAAGCAAUAGCCCUGCCCCACUGCUGCUCCCCAGAAAAUGGUGCUCAAAGGCAUAUCAUAGUCACCAUGACCAGUAGUCACUGAUAGCCCUAUCCUCCUUGAGUUUAUUUAAUUCCUUUUUAAAGCCAUCAAAGUUGGUAACCACCUCCAGAUCCUCUGGCAACAAAUUCUAUAGUUUAACUCUUGGCUGUGUGAGGAAGAACUUCUUUUUGUCUGUCCUGAAGCUUUCACAGGUAAAGUGUGGGCAGAGGAGAGUUUAACUAAUACCUUUUGACCACAUGCACACAUGCAUAUAUUCCCUUUUGCUGUUAAAAUCAGGCCCAGACUCUUACAAUGUGACUGGGGCAGCAUCCUGGUUUAAACAAACAGAUCUGCUGCCAUCCUGUCUAGUUUGGCCCUUAGUCAAUGCCACUGUGAACUGUGGAUUAGCUAUCAUGGGAGGCAGAGCUUUUCCCAGGCUUGCCACUCCAGAAACUGACAGCAGGUAUCAUAUUAUAUUUGCUCAAUCACAGUCUCUGGUGUGCCAGGCAUCGUGUGCCUUGACAGGCAUUCUUUAACAUGUCUAUCACAGGCACAGGGUUUGGCUUGUGUGACUUGCUGGGCUCCCCCCGCCUUUUUUCCCUACGGAAGUAGGGUUUUUUGUUUUUGUUUUUACUCCUAAGGGUAAAAACCAAGAUCCUGGUGUGGGAAUGCUGGAAAUUGUGCAGGCAGUCACUAUAGGCACACAAGGUGGAGCUAAUCUAGAUCCAGAGUGUCAUGCAUGUUGGAGCUGAAAGUGUCGUUCUGGCAUCCUGUGGGGUGAGGUUGGGGUUAGUGUUAGAGGUGAGACUCAUGUCUGGAGUGAUUCAGAAUAACUGCAUCCAUUUCCAUUAGGAUUUUUUCAGUUUAAAAGGGUCAGGUCUGGUGCUCUAGGGGCAAACAGGCUGGCAAGCGGUCAAGUGUUGGGCUGGAACUCCAUCAGCAGCUCAGUCAACCCUGUGCCUGAGAGACAGCUUACUCAGGCUGAAGAAGCAGGCCAGAGUCAGCAGCUAUACAGGGCCUGAUGGAACCCUCUUCAUUCCUGGCGUCCACCCUCUGGACAUAGGUAGCAGAGGUCCUGGAAGCACAGCCCAAGCCACCAGCAACUGCCCUCUGAGAUGCUGCCACAGAGGCACAGAAAGAAAGGAAAAUGGGUCCUCCUGCUCCUAGACUCCCUGGUUCAGGAUAUAUGCGGUUCAUAGGACUCUUACUCUUAUCUCACUCCAAAUAAUCAACAUUCUGCACUGGGCACAUUGAAACAUCAGUAUGACCUACAGUAAGACACACAUGUAAGAUUACAUAAAAUGUGCAUAUUCACAGCCAUGCCAUUCUGUAUUGUUAUACAGCUAAUGAAUUGUUUUCUGGUUAAUUAUAUGGGGAAAUCAAGGGGAUUUGAAAUUAUAGGAUUGAGAUUACAGAAUCAUGAGACUAAUUCCACAGCACAGCUAAAAGCAGCUAGGAGCGUACUACCGUAUUUACUCAAAUCUAAUGCUCACCUUUUUUGUCCACAUCACGUUGCGGAAAUUAAGGUGCGCAUUAGAUUUGAUGGCACAUUUACAUUCACCAGCAAAUACUUUUUUUGGUUUCAAGGUUCUGAAAACUGAGGUGCUCACAGUAAGUGAGCAAAAGUACAGCAAGGCACAUAGAACAAACCUAAGCAAGAUUUUAAAUACAUAAUGGAUAAAUACAGGGUUUAAAUAGCAAAUAUGCUUAAAUUUACAGAUUUCAGCAACUAUAUGCUUAACUUGAAACAUUUUAGAAUCACAGCUUCUUCAAAAAAAAAUCAUGCUAGAUGAAUCUCAUUACAAGCUUGGUGGAUCAGGGGAAUGUUGUGAACGUACUGUAUCUUGAUUUCAGUAAAGCUUUUGACAAAGUCCCCCAUGAUAUUCUUGCAGAGAGGCUGGUAAAAUGUAGGCUGGAUAAGGUUACUGUUAGGCAGAUUUGUAGCUGGUUGACUGACCAGACCCAAAGAAUGCUAAAGGUUCCUCAACAGCUUGGAAAAAAGUGAGAAGUGGGGUGCCGUCUCAGGACCAUUGUUGUUCAGUGUCUUUAUAAAUGACUUGGAUGAAGGAAUUGAAGGAAUGCUCAUCAGAUUUGCAGAUGACACCAAACUGGGAGGGGUAGCUAAUUUAGGGUUGCCAUAUUUCAAAAACUGAAAAUCCAGACACAAAAGUUGAGCUUUUUAAUUUUUUUAUAAUGCUUGUCUGGAUGCAGGAUGGAGAGGGUUAUGUGUAGAAAUGAGCCUACGGCACAAAAGUAAAAAUUACAUUCACUGCUCUACCUACUUUUGCCUCUGGCUCCAUCCACCACGGACAUGUGGUUCUUGGGUUGAAAAAGGUUCCCAGCCCUUGAUACAAAGGAUUGCUGGUUUAAACUGUAAUCUGCUAUGAGAGCCUGGUGUGAGCCCUGGUUAUUGUGUCAGGUGUAAAGGUGCUGGGACAGCUCAGUCGGUAGAAUAUGAGACUCUUAAUCUCAGGGUCACUGGGCAAAAUAUUCCUGCACUGUGGGGGUUGGACUAGAUGACCCUCACAAUCCCUUCCAACUCUACAAUCUGGGAUUCUAUUAUUCAUUCAAGUAUCACAGUUCUGCCCAUACAAAUGUGCUGAAAGAAUCCACUCACUGCUUUCCUGCUCUUGCACCAGCUCCCUUGAAAUGAAGAGAAGAGAAACAAACUCAGAAUUGGAGGCAUGCAAAAUGACUCCGCAGUUCAGAAAAAAUUGGCUCACCUGCAUCAGCCGCAAAGCUUACAGGCAGCUGCAUGAAUUGUGCAAACUGCCCUACAACCAAGAGUAAAAAUCAACAAGCUGAAACACAUGCAGAGGGUCACUACAAUCCCAGUUCAAACAGAUCAUCUUUCCCUCUGCAUUUCAGGCUGAGCAGGUUUUCCUCAAACUGAAGUUGAUAUCAAGUUCAAACUUAUAGCUGUAUUGACAAAGAUUUUCUCAAGAAAAAGAUGUUGAAGGAUGGUAUGUUUGUGCAAGAAGUCAUAAGAAGGUGAAUCAAUUAGAGAUUCCUUUUCUGUGGAAUAAAUAGCUCCAUCAUUUUAUUAUUAUUUUUUAAAGCUUACAAAGGUAA